UUCUCCCCAGUCGAUUCAUGGCGCACGCCGCAGCUGCGCUCGCAGAUGAGCUCCGCCUCCAUGCGCUGGUGCGGGCGCUCGUCGAGGGCACCACCGGCCUCACGCCGUCCUCGGGUGAGAACCAUGAGGCUGCUGUCGAUUGGGUCCACGGCUCCUUCCGCCACCACCGCUUCGGCUCAACGGACGGGCAUGCGGUGUCCCGCGACUACGCGCAGCUCGUCGCGCUCCUCCGUCGCCACUCGCGCCACGACAAGGCCAGCGACCUCGACGCGCUUGCGUCGAAGCUGCUGCGCGUGCCGACCGGGCAGCCGGCAGCGGAUGCAGACGCCCGGGCGCUCUCUGCAUUGUACUGGCUCGCCGAUGCUGCGGCCAUGACAGCGAGCGGUCCGGCGCGCUGGCCCAGCGGUCCGCCAUCGCUCGCGCCGGUCCCGGCUGCGCCGGCCGAGCAGCUCUCGCGGCCCUCGUCGCCUCGCUGGGGCUACUCGUCCGGCUCUGAGGAGGAGUUGGACGAGCUCUCGCCUGCGCACGGCGGCAGCAGCGGCGGCGAAGGCAGCGGCGGCGGUGGUGGCGAAGGUGGCAGCGGCGAAGGCGGCGAAGGCGGCGAAGGCGCGGGCCGCAGUGAGGAUGGCGGCGGCAGCGGCGAGGGCGGCGGCGCGGCGAGGGCUCAGGAGGCGGCGGCGCCGACUGCGAGGGGGCUGAGCGCGCUGGCGUGGGAGAGCUUUGCCCAGGCGGGUGCGUCGCGUGUCCCACCGGCGGGGAGGAGCUCUCUCGACUCGAGGCGGGUCGGGGCCGCGCCUCGCGGUGGUGCGGUGGCGCGGCGAGAGGCGAGAUGGCUCGGCUCUAGGCGGUCGCGUCUAGCCAACGCCUCGAUCAUGGCCGUGGCGGGCUACGCGGCGGGCGACUGGGAGGAGGUUGCAGCGGACGAGGCCAGCCCCUCUUCCCCGGGCCGCGAGGGAGCGUGCGACGCUUCCUGGCGGCGGCGGGCGCUCUCGGACGGCCUGCUCUCGCGGCCCAACUUGCCGACGACGCUUCGCGCGCUCGGCCAGGCCCUGCACGGCGAGGUGCACGAGUGGCGGCGCGAGUGGCGGCGCGAGGCGGCGGGGCGCGGCGCGGCCGGUGGCGCCGGUCGUGGGGAGCGGAGACGGGAGGGCGAGCGGACAGGGCUGCUCGUGCUGGCGGAGCGGCACCGCGGCGUGGCUGGCUGGCGCCGCCGGCUGGCGGAGCUGGCCGCUUUCGCCGCCGAGUUUGCGGCGGUGCCGGCGGUGAGCUGCGUGCUCGGCGUGCGGGCGCGCGGGCCGCACUGCGCCGCAGAGGCGACGAGCGCGCUGUUGUCGCUGCUGCUCGCGCGGUGCGAGUGGCAUGAGGCGUGUGGAGGGGAGGGUGGAGGCGGGGAGGGUGGAGGCGGGGAGGGGAGGGGCCUCUACUUCGUGUGGCUGCGCAUCCUCGUGCGGUGCCUGCUGGCGUACGCUCGCGUGCUCGGCGGGUGGGUGGAGCGAGGCCGAGCUGCGGCGGGCGGCGGGCGGCUCAAGAGCGAGCAGCAUGUCUUUCACAGCUGUGGCUGUGAACCAGGCGAGCUGCGCGACGCGGCGGGCGAGCUCUUCGUGUACCGCGCGGCGGCGCAUGCUGACCCCGCCCUCGGCGCGGGCGGCGGCGACAGCGCGGCGGGCUGGGAGGGUGCAUUCGCCCUUCGCCCCGCGGGGUGCGUGCCUCUCUUCCUCGCGCCGCUCGCGCCGUCCAUCCUGGUGUGCGGCAAGUCGAGGCGGCUGGUGGGCUCGCUCGCGGGAGGGGCGGCCGCCGGGGCGAGGGGCCGCGAGGAGGGUGCGGGGGAGGGGACCGAGGAGGGGACCGAGAAGGGGACCGAGGAGGGCGAGGAGGAGCUGGAGAUGCGUGUGAGUGAGCGGCUCCUCGCGCUUCUCGCGUCGCGCCGCGCUGCCGCCGCGUCGCGUCGUGGUGGGGCUGCCGCUGCGGGUGAGGAGCGGCGCAGGGACGGGGUGCAGGCGGAGGGGGAGCCGGCGCCCGUCCCAGGGCUAGCCGGCGACAGCGCAGCGGCCGGGCGGCACUGGCUGGAGCAGAUGCCUCACUGGGGCUCCAUGCCGCGCAAGGACGACGUGCCGAUGGCGUUUGCCCGACCUGCUGAGCAUGGGCACGCUUCCCCGAGCGACGAGCUCUGCCGCUUGCCGGCCUCGCGCCCGCCCCCCGCCACCGACCCGCCCUCGCUCCUCCUCGCGCGGCUGACAAGCCUCGCGACUCCUCCGGCCGACGAGGCUGCCAGAGCCGCCAUAUUUGCAGAGGCUGCAGAAAUUGCAGAGGCUGCAGAGGCUGCAGAAAUUGCAGAGGCUGCAGAGGCUGCAGAGGCUGCAGAGGCUGCAGAGGCUGGCGGAGCGCCGCGUAGCAGGGUGCGCUCGAUGGCGGUUCGCGAAGCUUUCCUCGCCCCCAUCGCGCACUCCUGCGCCCGCGCCGGGCCGCAGCUGCUCCGCUUGCUGCCCGGUUUGCGCGGGGUGGCGCGGCUGCUGCACGCCGUCGCUCUCGCCGCCGAGCCGCGCCUGACUGCGCCUGUGUGCGAGCGGCUCUGCGAGCUCGCCGACCGCUGCCGGCCGUGGCGGCCCGCCCUCCCGCAGCUCACGCGGCUGCUGCGGGAGAGCCUCAUCGAGGGCGGCGUCCCGGCGGGCCAGGCGCGUGCGGGCCGCUUCUCGUUUGAGCUGGCUGACGUCUCGGCCCAGGAGCCGCGCAACGGGCCGCGCAAGGGGUCGUCGUUCUCGGACGCCGUCGACGCGCGCGCCUUUGAGUCGCUCGUGCUGCGGUAUGCGCCGCCGUGGCCGUUGCAGCUCGUCUUCACGCCCGCGCUGCUCUCGCAGCAGCAGCGCGUCUUCGCGCUGCUGCUGCGCUUGCGGCGCGCGAAGUGGUCCCUCGAGACGGUCAGCGUCGGCGCCGGCGCCGCAGGAGGCCGCUGCGCAGGCUCGACUCCGCUCACGCGGCUCUGGUGGACGCUUCGCUCCGAGCUGCUCCACGCCGUCCACCACAUCCUCGCGUACGUCACGCUCGCUGUGAUUGCGGCCGAGUGGCGAUCCCUCCUCGACGGGCUCCCCGCCCUCUCGAGCGUGGACGCCUUCGCCGCCGCGUGCGCCCGCCUCUACGAGCGCAUCGCCUCGCGCUGCUUCCUGGAGCCGCAGCACGAGGCGGAGAUGCGAGCCGUCGACGCCAUCCUCGCGCUCGCGCUCCGGCUGCGCGCCCAGCUGAGUGACGACCUCGCCGCGCUACCCGCGGUUGCGCACGCGGCGGCGGCGAGGCGAUGGCGCGCUGAGCUCCGCCGCAGCGUCCAGCUGCUGAUGCGCACGCUUCGGCAGCAGCCGGAGGGGCGCCCCCUCUCCGAGGCGCUCGACUUCAACUCGCACUAUGGCGGGAGCGAGGAGGAGGCUUGA